AUGACUCUGAUGUCCCCACGGUCCAAUCUGACUACCUCUGUGACCUGGUUCCUACAUUUGUCUCUGAAAACAGUCAAUAUGAUCUCCGGCAAUACUCCCUACACGUUCCAACCAGGGCAGUGUGGGCAGCCAGGACGCUAUAUCCUUCUGACACCCGACUAUGUGCUGGACAAAGACAACGGUCGUGACAUCAAUUAUGGGGAUGCAGGUCGUGUUCUGGUGCACGAGUUCGCCCAUCUAAGAUUUGGCGUAUUUGAUGAGUACGGCAUCCCCGGUAGCCGCCAGCACCCAGUCUAUUACGUAGAUGACACAGGGACGACCGUACGCCCCACUGCCUGCUCCACCGACAUCACCGGUAACUUUAUCAAUGAAGUGAAAGACUCCAGCUGCGAACCUGUUGACAGUAAGGAUGUGGUGAAUAAAGACUGUUACUUUCUCCCAAACGCCUUCGACAACACGGCCACAACGUCUGUCAUGUAUGCCCAGUUCUUGAAGGAGGUGGUUCACUUUUGCGAAAGUGACCCUGACAGUGGUAGAAUGGACUUGAUUCAUAACCCCAAUGCACCAAACAGGCAUAACAAAAUGUGCAGCGAAAGGGGAACUUGGGACGUCAUCAAAGAACAUACAGACAUAAAGGGAGGUAACCCUGUGGACAUUAGUAACCGAGCCCCACAGUUCAAUGUUGUCUAUCGCCAGAGAGAGCCGGUUGGCAACACAACCAUUUGUGGACGUAGAAUCGUUCUUCUGUUAGAUCUCUCGGGGUCGAUGAAAGAGAAUUCCAGAUACUUCAGACUGCGGCAAAUGGCUGAUCGGAUCAUCAGGGACAUUCUACCUGUCGGCACAGAAGUGGGGAUCGUGGUGUAUUCCAAUUCUGCCAGAAUCUGGGCCAACAUGCGUUUCAUCACAUCCCCUGCGGACAGACAGAUGCUGGCCCGGGGUCUGCCGGACAUAAAUGACUAUGGUGGUGCUACAGCUAUAGGAUUAGGUCUUCUAAAAGCCAUCGAGGUACAGAUAUGCUAA